AUGUUGUGGAAGUUGCUGAUAAGAUCCCAACCCUGCAGGCUGUGUUCUUUCAGAAAGAUGCUAUCGGCUCCAAAAUACAGACCCUUUCUAGCGUGCUUCACCUAUACAAAUGAUCAUCAGUCAAACAAAGAAAAUAAAAGAACAGUGGAAAAGCUCUAUAAAUUUUCAGUCGACAUCAGGAAAAUUCGCAGACUAAAAGGAUGGGUACUUUUUGAGGAUGAAACCUAUGUUGAAGAAAUCGCAAAUGUUUUACAACAACUAGGUGCUAAUGAAACCGCUGUAGCCAGUAUUUUGGAACGCUGCCCAGAAGCUAUUGUCUGCAGUCCAACGGCUGUUAACGCCCAGAGAGAACUCUGGCAGUUGGUCUGCAAAAACGAGCAAGAGUUAGUCAAGUUAAUAGAACAGUUUCCAGAAUCUUUCUUUACUGUUACAGACCAGGAAACUCAGAAGCUGAACAUUCAGUUCUUUCAAGAGUUGGGACUCAAAAAUGUGGUCAUUAGCAGGUUUUUGACAACUGCAUCUAAUAUUUUUCAUAAUCCUAUUGAGAAAAAUAAGCAAAUGAUAAGUAUUCUCCAAGAGAGUUACCUAAAUUUAGGUGGCUCCGAGGCCAACGUGAAAGUUUGGUUACUGAAAUUAUUAAGCCAAAACCCAUUUAUUUUGCUGAAUUCUUCUGCAGCUAUAAAGGAAACACUAGAAUUUCUCCAGGAGCAAGGUUUCACAGACUUUGAUAUUCUCCAGCUUCUCUCCAAACUCAAAGGAUUUCUUUUUCACCUUUGCCCCAGAAGUAUACAGAACAGCAUUUCCUUCUCUAAAAAUGUUUUUAAAUGCACAGAUCAUGACCUGAAGCAAUUAGUUUUGAAAUGUCCUGCCAUUUUAUAUUAUUCUGUUCCAGUUUUGGAAGAGAGAAUUCAGGGAUUAUUGAAAGAAGGAAUUUCCAUAGCUCAGAUAAAAGAGACGCCAAUGGUUCUUGAAUUAACACCGCAGAUAGUACAGUACAGGAUAAAGAAACUGAAUUCCCUAGGCUAUAGAAUAAAGGAUGGACAUCUGGUAAAUCUAAGUGGAACAAAAAAAGAAUUUGAGGCUAACUUCGGCAAAAUUCAGGCCAAAAAAGGAAGGCCAUUGUUUAACCCUGUGGCACCAUUAAACAUUGAAGAGUAA